AUGAAGCUAAAAUCGGAGCUGAUGAUCCAGCCGACUGGCGAGGUGUGGAAGAAGAUAAGAGUCGAGUUGAAAGAAGACGUAAACACAAGAGAUAAAGAUCUAGAAACUAUCAAGGAGUGGUUGAAGAAGCAGCCACAUUUGCCAGAUCAAUGGGAAGACAACCCCCUGAUGACAUUUCUUCGAGGCAGCAGUUUCUCCUUAGAGAAGUGCAAGAGAAAGCUUGACAUGUACUUCACGAUGAGAGCUGCUUGUCCAGAAUUUUUCACCAACAGAGAUGUGUCAAAACCUGCUUUACGUGAAGUACUGCAAAGUAAACUACAAGGUCCCCCUUUACCUGGUGUAACGCCUAAUGGUAGAAGAGUAACGAUAUGCAGGGGUCUAGAGGCCAGUUUGACACCUCAGCAGGUAACGGAUACCCUAAAGCUCGCCCUCAUGAUUGGAGAUGUCAGGCUGAUGGAGGAAACUGAAGGCGUAGCUGGAGACAUCUAUGUAUUGGACGGAGCUGUGCUGGGACCAAGUCUGCUGGCGAAACUGACUCCCACUACCAUUAAGAAGUUCAUGAUUUGCGUUCAGGAAGCGUAUCCAGUGAAGCUGAAGGAAGUGCAUGUUAUCAACACGUCACCCAUCGUUGAAAGAUUCGUCAACUUCGUAAAGCCUUUCCUCAAAGAGAAAAUACGAAAACGCAUAUUUAUUCAUAGAGACCUAAAGGACCUAUAUCAAUACAUACCACAAGAGAUGCUUCCAGUAGAAUAUGGUGGAAAGUGUGAAUCCAUGUCAUCUUUACAAGAAAAAUGGACACAAAAGCUAAUCGAAUAUCGUGAAUGGUUCAAAGCUCAGGAUGCACUGAUCGCUACUGAAAAGCUUCGUCCAGGAAGACCGACCAACUAUGAUGAGUUGUUCGGAAUCGAUGGAUCAUUUCGGCAGUUGGCGAUAGACUAA